AGAAUACAGCUGCUCGUAAUAUCUGGGAUCUUGUGGAGAGGCCAGCUCGGGUCGGUUGGAGACGACAUCAUGUCGCCCCGGAGCUGCUUGAGCGCUUCGCCCACCAGCUCUGUCGCUACUCGCACUACAUUCACAUCUACCUGUAUUCCUCGUCCCCGAGCGGCGGGAGUCCAAGUCUCGGCGCAACUGAACAUUUCGCGUCGCAGCGCUAGCGCCGCUGCUAUCGCUAGCGUUGCACCGCUGGGGAUGACCUUUCCUGGAUCAAUCGACGGUGGUGCCGCACGCGGCUCUGUCGCAGCUGCUGCAACCAGCUCUCUGGCGGGAGCAGUGGCGGGGUCGCCGUCCAAUCUGGACCUACUGGUGGUGGGGCCGGGUGUGUUGGGCAGCGUCCUGGGCCGCGACUGGCUGGCGUCUGUGCAGGGCGGCACAGCCACCGGCCUCACCAACACGGAUCGCAGCCACGAGCGGCUGCGCGCCAUGGGGCUGACGCCGGCCACACGUUCCACCCUACCGCCCAACAAGAAAUACAGCUUCGUGGCCUUCGCCGCGCCGCCCUCAGGCAGUGAGGAUUACGUUGCUGAUAUCAAGUCGGCUCUGGCAUUGUGGGACGGCAGUGGCUCAUUCAUCUUCACGUCGUCCAUGUCGGUGUGCGCAGUGGACGACGGUGGCUCCGCUACCGACGAGCACUGCCCGCUGGUGCCCGUGGGCGCGGGGCCCUCCACUGACAAGCUGCGCGGGGCGGAGGAGGCUGUCCUGGCGGCCGGUGGCAACGUGCUACGCCUGGUGGGUCUGUACCACAAGUUUCGCGGCGCACACACCUUCUUUAUCAAACAGGGCACUGUGGCCCGGCCAGGGGGCUAUGUGGUGAACCUGCUGCACUACGAGGACGCUGCGGCACUGGCUGCAGCGAUCCUGCGUGGUGAUGGCUCUGGGCCCUUCCGAGGCCGUGCGUUCCUGGGCACUGAUGGCCACCCAGUAACGUUUGAGGACAUGGUGGAGUACUGCUUUGCUGGUGGUGCCUUUGAGCGCGUACCAGUGUCGUUCACCGGCACCUUCCCUGACGGUGGCAAGACCGGUCGGGGCAAGCGUGUAGACAACAGCGGAACAAGCCAGGCGCUAGGUGGCUGGAAGCCCAAGUACGAGUCAUUCCAGUCCUUUAUGGCUGCUGGCGGGGCUGACUACUACAACACUUCGGGGCUAAAGUGGAACUAAAGUGGGAGUGUAAGCCAGGUGCACACGAUGGGUGAACUGUUAGACUUGCGACAAGCGUGUGGGCUUGAGGCAAUGCCACACGACUGCAGUGGUGUUGGCACAAGACAGGAGCACGGAAAUCGUGGGAGUGCAGGGGGCAGACUUGGUGUCAGCAGUAGCAGCCACAGAGGUUAUGUCGAAGGGGCUGCUAGCGAACUGAAGAUAGAGGGCUUCAUUAGUUGCGCAACUGUGGCACAGGCAGGCCAGGCAGAAGGCAUGACUGGUGCUAGGGUGGCUGAGAGCACGUUGGGAACAACCGUUCCCUGGCUUCGCAACCUUCCCCUGGCUUGACGUGCAGUCACGAAGGGCACUGUAAGCACGUUUGAGUGUG